UACAUAGGUGGUUGUCAUGGUGACUUAAUUUGACACUUCCACUUCUGAACAUUUUGUGGAAAACUAGGUGCUUGCAUGGCCAGAGUAGAAGGGCACGAAGAUUUUUAAGUGAUGGAGGAAAAGAGGGACUUCAAAAGUGAAUGUCUUCCUUCACGCCAGGCUGACGAUUCAGAGCUGCAAAACUCCUCUGAUCACGAUGAAAUACAGCCCGAAAACUUUGUACAGCAAAAGUUGGAGGAUUCUGAAGAGAGGGAAAGCCCCAGACAAUCAUUAGGCUUGGCAGAAGAGAAUAAUAUUGUAAAUGAUGAAGGGUCUGGUAAACCAGAAUAUCCUAUAGGUGCUGGCUUACCUACCUCAACCACAGAAAAAGAAAAUUUGGUGGAGAGUAAUCCUGAAUAUUUAGUUGACGAUAAUAUGCAAAAGAGAGACAAUCCAGAGAGUAUGAAAAGCCAAAGUCAUGGCACAGGGGAUAUUGGAGACAACCCUCAUGUUCUAGACCCUGAAAAUCCACUUAUGAUCAAAUUCCAACAAGCUUUAACUGAUCUCUUGAAAAAGCAACUUAAUAAGCUCAGUCAAGAAGUGGCCGAGUUGAAAAGUAAUUUAAAGAUGAAGGCAAAAGAAAGAGAGGACCUUGGUGUGAAUCUCUUUAAUAUUCAAGAAGAAGUCUCUCAAAGCCAGAAACAGAUAUCAUCGUGUAAAAUGUCAUUGACUGAGCUAGAAGAAAAAAGAGCAAGCAUAGAGGAGGACUUGAAAAAAAAUAGAAAUCUGCAUAAACAGGAAGUGGAAAAGAUUUCUCAUGCACAUGCCCAGGAGGAAAACAUGCGACUAGAGAUAGAAAUACUUAAGAGUGUGGAAUGGCAGUUAAAACAGUGGGAAUCAGAUUACAAUUCUGAGCUUGCAAUAUCUCAAAGAAUAGCAGACAAGAGUGAAAAGCAGAAAGAAGAAAUGGCAAGAGAAAAGCAGAAGCAGGACAUUCUUCUAUUAAAAUUGCGGCAAGCUGUUCUGGGCUUAGAGAGUAAGAGAGAGCAAUUGAAAGCUCAGAGAGAAGUAAAAAUACAACAGCAAGAGAGCCUUCGACGAACUAUUGCAGAAGGAACGGCAGAUUUGGAAGCACUACAAACUGAGCAAAUUCGAUUAACACGAAUUUGGAAUGGAGUUGUAAUCAACUUACAACAAAGGGAUAAAGUUUACAACAAUGUCCAGAAAGAGUUAGAAAAAGCUAAGGAGGCGUUUCAAUUGAUGAUCUCAGAAAUAGAAGGCUAUAAACGAUUAGCAAGACAUGAGAUGGUGCAAAAUGAGAAAACUAUGAGUAUUCUUGACCAUUUGGAAGCUGAAUAUAAUGACUUGAUGAAAACUCACUGCAAAAAUAAAGAGUUGAUUACAGAGCUAGAAGCUGAUUAUAGCUACAUUUCCGGCAUACUUAAGAGUAGAGAAGAAAAUUUACAAUCAGUUCUAGUGGAUGGCAAAAUACUGACACAGCAGAGCCUAUAUAAACAAAAAGAAGUGGAACAUCUCACUCAGAAAAAAAUCAUGUUAGAAACACAAAUUCUUGAGAAGCUUCAAGAUCAAAGUAAACAUGACAAAGCAUUCCAGCACCUUGCAAAGACCAUAAAAAACCUGAAGGACAGCAACAAAAACCAGGAAUUGACAUUUAUAAUGAUGGAGAACCAAAUAUCAAAAACAAUGGUGGAAGUUGAGAAAAUACGAGGUGCAACUGUCUACAAUGAAAGUCUAAUAAUAGAAGCCAACAACGAAUUAGGAAAAUAUGGCAAUGAUUUGUCACAACUCGAAGCUGGUGUAAAACGAAGUUUAAGUGUCAUGGAAAAUAAAAUGCAAUUAAUAGACCAACUCUCCAAAAAACUGAAUUCUAUUCUUGCACGUUCCGGAAUGACAGAAGAAAGUCCUCAAGAAGUUCGAAUAAAAGCCAUUGAAUUAGAAAUAGAAGAAACAGCAGUGGAAGCAGAAAAAAAACAAGCAUUCUGGCUCCGACUUCAAUCACACAUUGUAAGACUUACAGAGGAAAGACAAAAACAGCUACAGCAACUAAAUUUGUUAUACAAACAGGUACACAUAUUAACACAAAGAUCCCUGAAAAUUGAACACGAGAUGGAAAAGCACAACAGAGGCAAAAAAGAUAUUGAACAUCAAAUACAUGAACUAGACGUGUCUCUAAAUAAAAUGACUGUGGGUCUUCAUAACAGGCGAGGAUAUAAAGAAAUUUUAGACAAAGAAAACUUGAUCAUUCAAACAGAAGCUUUGGGUCUUCUUAAGGAUUUAGAGAGAGAAAAUGUUGAACAAGAGGAGGAAUUGACAAAUUUAGAAGAAAUUAACUUGAUGCUUAACCAAGACAUCCUGGAUAUGAAGCGGGAUUGUUUGGCUUGGGAGAAGAAAAUACUUCUCGCGACAGAAACAAAGCAAAUGAAUGAGGAAGACAACAAAGCAAACGGUGAAUUAGGUCAGAUGAAAGUUGAAAUACAUCGAAUGGACGUGAGAUUUUCCCACUUGAGGAAGGUUCAAGAAACCCUCGUUAAAGAUUUGGAACACUGUAUAAUGCGGAGAGAAUCCCUCUUGAAUGAGGCGGAUGCUAGAGAGAAAAGGUCAACAGGUUGUUCAGGCUCAACAAGCAACAGAAUAGUAUUUGAACGUAAACUAGAAAAUCUCUCCAGUAGAAAAAAGCAAGCAAACUUGGAGGCAAAAAAUGUGGCAAGUCAGUUAGAAAAAGAACUACCACAGCAGCUCACAGAAAUUAAAGAAUCACUUGUGGAAGCAGAGAAAGGAUUGCAGAGGGAGGAGCAAGCAUUGCAAAUGAUUAAAAAACAGGUUGACGAAGCACAUGCAAUGAAGCAACAAAAACUAGAGACGCUUGUCAGAUUACAGAAAAAAGUUCGAUUGUACAGUAAAGUAAAGGAGGGUAAACAUAAACUACUGUAUCGAACAGAAUCUGGUUUGGAUGCUGAGAUUUGCAAGCAGCGUACAGUGACAAGUAACCUUCUUGACCUUAAAACAGUUUUACAACAGCAUUUUCCAUCACUUAACGCACAAGUUCUUCGUUUGGGCAAUAUUUUGCAGUCACCCAAUACACAGUAAAUUCAAUCUAAAGGUGUGUAAAACUUAGAAUACCACGUAAAAGUAAUCUAGGGUAAUGUUUUUGAUUUCCCAUAUUAACUAAAGAAAGACAUCAAACAAUUCACUUUGAACAACCAAUAUUUAUUUUACCAUAGUGUCAUUCCAGUACAGUAGAGGUGAGCUAAUACACAGGCAUGUUGGCUUUUAAAUCCAGUGUACCAAAAAGAAAUUUUUUUUACCUGAAUAAAAUUUAGAAUUCUGCGUUAGGGAUUUAAACAGAAGAACAGAUAAUCAAAUCAAUCGCUGGAAUGAAUUAUAUUCCUUACCAACACGAAGUACAGAAUAUUUGGAAGGCAAGAUAUGCCCAACAGAAAAUAUUUCAUCAGGGUUACUAAGCUUCUGAUAAUUAACGGAAAAUCCACCUGCAGAUAUUAUUCUCCUUGCAUCACCUAGGAAAAAUAAAAUUUAUGUCCUUAAAAUAAAACUAUGACAUUUGGAACGCAAAUUCAGAAAAAUGUUGCUAUUGACGCUACAUCCAAAGAACUCAUACUUACUGUCUGAUGGGAAACAUCCAGCUUUACGGCUUACAUCUAGAAAAGUCAUUCCUUGUGUUAACAUGAGUUCUUUGACUGGUGUGCCCAUAAAAAUUUGCCUGGUUUCAUUGUCAGUUAAAGAUGACAAUGCUGCAAUAUCUGAGCCAUGUAAAAUAGUGGAUGACAACUGUGCUAUCCUUAGACCUUCCUCUAGAACAGAUAAAAAAAAAAAAAAUAAUUUAAAU